AUGGGGUAUAAAUUUGAAGAUGAAAAUGAACCAUGCCUUUCAAGAAUUCGGAAAUCUUGUCUUCCCACACCAUGGAACUUUCUCAGUUCCGUCCUCGCUAGAUGUUUCUUCGGAUCGGUUGGUGGACGCAGUCGCGGUAAAACAGACCUUUGGAUUCUUAUAUACUGGCUCUUCUAUGACAUCAAUGUUGACUACGCGUCUAUUCUUUGGGAAUAUUUCCUCAAUUUUCUCCCUGCCUCAAAGAAUAAGUUUUUGAUUCAUCAUCCUCGUUGGUGGUCUAUCAUUAUAUAUGACACAAUCCAUAAUAGUAAUAUUGCACCAGAGGAAGCAUGCCGAUCAUGCAUCCAAGAAGUUGGCAAAGAAGAAAAAGAAAUCCAAAUCAAAUCAACUGCCCCUAUCCCAUCUCCAACCGUCUCUGAUGAUAAUCAUGGAGCAGAUUUAGGGGAACCCACAUCUCUUCCUAAAUCUGGUACAACCUCUGCGUCAUUGUCUUUCUUAGAUUCCUUGUUUCAAGCUCCAUCUGAUUAUGAUGAACCAUCAUCUUCAUCAGCACGCGUUCAGUCAGUUCUAGAAAGUCCAAUCCAUCAUGUAUCCUUGGAUUAUGACUUAUUUAAGGAUGAUAACCAAGAUGAUGAUAAGCAAUCCGAACCAGAAGCUUUUCCUCAAGGUUCUCCUGUACAAGAUAAUCAUGAUGAGGAUACUCCAAUGCAGACAGUAGAUAUUCCUUCCGGUGAAGGACUGAUAGUCGAUGAUGAGACAAAUGACAUGUCCAUUGUCCUUUACUCUAAUGCAUCUACCAGGGCUUUCAACAUUGAUCUUGAUGACUACUCUCCUCCAACACCAAAAGAUUCUCAAGAAAAUGAUAACGUUUAA